UGUGGUAGUAGAAUAAGUGGUUCAAACUUAGCAGUGAUCACAUUUUUCCCCUUCAAAUCUGUCUUUUAUUUUGAAAUAAAACCAAAGCGGAAGUGUGUUUGUCAUUUUCCGCUUGACCCCCGUUCCUCGGUCUCCGUCAGUGAAGCAGCUCCACGGCAGUUGUUCUGAAGUUCCCCGCUCAGGCAGACCGGGUCCACGUCCCGUCCUCUUCUCUGGUCGUUCUCCCGGGUUUUUUCCUUCAGUUUUUAACCGAUUCUUUCAUGAACGCUCAGUUUAGCAUCUCGCGUUUGGACGAACUUGGACUUUUGUUGACUCCAAACAAACCGAACGUGACUAUGUAGAGUAAGUGUUCUCUCCGUGCGGGAUUUGGGACUACCUAUUACCAAUCCUGAAGAAGAGGAGCGCAGACAUGGGCAAACUCCAGUCCAAACACGCGUGCAAGCGCAGAGAGAACCCCGAAGGAGACAGUUUUGUCGUGAACGCCUUCCUGCGCAGAGGGAUGGAGGAAUGUGAGAGGUACAGCGCAGCGGACCACAAGCUGAAGAGCAUGCAGGAGUUUCCAAAUGGGGAGCUGAAGGAGAACCAUUUAGCGGAUCAACAUUGUCCUCUAGAGGUGGUUCUUCCACCUGAGAAGGCUGAGGGCUGUGAGAGUUACCUGCAGUACCUCAACACAGAGGACGGAGAGAAGGAGCCGCUCAGAGAGUCCGCCAAAACGUCCGGGAAGAAGCGCAUAAGCCUUAACGACCUGGAGUGUGACGUUUCUGUUGAAGACGGAAACCGUCAGGAGUGGAUCUUCACGCUUUAUGACUUUGACAACAGUGGGAAAGUUACGAAGGAGGACAUGUCGAGUUUGAUGCACACCAUUUACGACGUGGUGGACGCCUCUGUCAAUCAGUCCUGCCACAACAAAAGCAAGACUCUGCGGGUCAAACUGACCGUCACUCCUGAACCCAAAUGCCACAGAAGAGAAGCAGGAACAGAGCGGAGCCACCAAGAAGAGGGUCGUUCAUCGGACAGGCGCCUGUCUGCGUACAUCAGCAGCAAAGCACAGGCCAGUGAAGCACCAGCCACAGAGGGUCAACAUUACUGCGUGGAUGAGAACACAGAGAGGAGGAAUCACUACUUGGACCUGGCCGGUAUUGAGAACUACACCUCCAGAUUUGAAGGAACCACUCCUGUCUUUCCACCUCCGGAAGCUCAUAGCCGAAGUUCACAAAACCAGAGCCGCUCCCGCUCCCAGGAGCCCGAAGCUCAGGUUGUCCAUCAGCGGCGCUCACAGGUCAUCAGUGACAGCUACAAUCCUGCAGAAGCUCGAGGGAAAAGUACACAGUUCCUCAAGUCUCCUAAAGGAACCUACAAAGGGAGUGGAGGAAACAACGGGGGCAGUGGGGGAGGAAAGUCCACCAAAUGCCACGGCUAUCACCCGGCACUGCAGACCGGGUCGCAUGGCGGCAACGUUUCCGGCCACGGAGGUCAGGAUGUGUACCACAUGCCGCACCAUUCUCAAUCCUCCAGCCACCACCAGCACCCUCUGCAAUACAGCCACAGUAAACGCUUGAGGGCCAAAACCCGAGAGGCCUUGUCCCCGUCCAAAACCCCUCUGUCCCCCCAGGCCCACCCCCAGCAGCAGCAGCCCCCGCUGCCCUCUGUACUGCCAAGCCUGGAGAGGGAGCAGGCGUCCGGCCCGCCGGGGAGUCCGGGCUUCGUGGUUCCCGUGGUGCAGCGCCACGAGCACCACCACCACCACGAGCACCACCACCACCACCACUACCACCACUACCACCAGACAUGACAGCCCUCUGUGUGCAGUGACUGGAACUGUACAGGACCAACCACAGCAAGCCACACCAGUGUGACGGACUCAUCCAGCAGGGGCUGUGAGAAGCUCCGCCCACAUCGUUUUAGCCUCCUCCUUCAAGCUAUACUUCUACGUACAGAGGAAAUGUGGACCAUGACGGAAGAGGAAAGUGGCCAAAAAGGUG